AUGACUUAUACUUGCCAAACAUGCUCUCUUACACUGGAAGAGCUAGGAAAACAUCUAUCUCAAACGCGCCACAAGAAAGUCAAAUAUGACCCUUUGGACGAAAUCGUGGAGUGUGAGGAAUGUGGGAAUGACAAUAUUCACUUGAUCCACUUGCUCCGAUUUGGUCUUUCAGACAUGGCCUUGCUCUGUUCGGAUUGUAUAAAAGGACCGCAUGAAUCUGCUCUGGCAGAAUAUACUCUCAAUAAUGGUUCUCUUUUGGUAAAGUUGCCCCAGUAUUAUACUUUCAGAGAUAUCGAAUGUAAGGCAUGCCACAAGGAAACGAGUUUGUUUGUUGGACGAGAAGGCGAUAAGGUCAUUCUCUAUUGUUCUCUGUGCUUGGAAAAGCACCAGAAUGAGCACAGAAACGUCCGCUUCAUCAGCGAGGACGAUGACAAGUUUUUGUCUGUUCUUCUAGGCAUCACGGAACAUGUUCCCAAGACCAGUCGCAAACACAACAAGCGCAAAGUGGGUCGGAAAGGUGGGCGGGCCAAGCGAGAGUCACUGAAACCAGAAGAUCCAGAGGCAGCCCAGAGAAGAGCUCAUUACGAGAACAAAAAGGCCACAGAGGCUGCGUUGAAGUCGGGUAAAACCAUCAAAGCUGUAGGUUCUGGAGGAUCGACACCAGUGGUUUCAAAAACGUCCACCCCUGCUGUUUCUCGUUCUUCGACUCCAAAGCCUGUUGCCAAUGGAACCAAGAAGUCUGGAAAAUCUGAAUUAUCAGGUAAACGGGAUGCAAAUGUUGGUAGGGCCGAGCCUAAGCGAAAAGAGACACCUAAAGGGAAGUCUAAGGACGGAAAGGCCAAAGAGAAGGCUAAAGAGGAGCCAAAGGAGAAGCUUAACGAGAAGCCUAAAGAAAAACCAAAAGAGAAACCUAGAGAUAGCAAACCUAGCGAGAAAUCCAAAACUGGAAAGACAAAAGAUGCCAAACCUGCCCCAAAAUCUGAAAAUGGUAAAUCCAAAGACAAGUCCAAGGGAGACAAAUCGUUGAAGGAUAUACCCAAUGGCAAACCUAGAGACAAGUCUGAUCUGAAAACUGGCACAGCAAGUCUCAAAGGUAAGAAGAGUCUCGAUCUGGAUAAAAAGUCUCUAUCGACUGGUCUGCCAGAAACGCCGCUGACUGACACUUCCAAGGUUUCGAAAGCUUCGAAAAAGAAAGCAGAAACGGAAAAGCGAACGAAUGAAAAAUCCCAAAAACCUGACAAAGCACCACCGAAGAAUCCGCCUCAAACUCAAAAGGGUAAAGAGAGCUCAGAAAACUCAAAGGAAAGUACACCUGUCUUAAAGCUUCCACCAGGAAUCAAGAAAUAUGAACCUUCUUCUAAGCCAAAACUUACCUUUGAUUCCAUGAAUGAGUACUUCAAUGAGAUGUGUUACAAUUUGUUUUUGGAAGAGAAGGCCAGUUUAUCAACAAGUUCUAACACCAUACUCACAGCUAACGAGUUCGAACUUGAAUGGUAUGCUGAUCAAGAUAAGAAACACAAACAGUUCAAAUUCAGUAUCGUGAUGACUCCCGAGUUCAUGGACAGAUUUGUUUCGAAAAAAAUGCAGGCUUUGAAGAAAAUGCCCUUUUCAGUUAACCAGUCCGUUUUCUUGAUUUUGGGCGAUGACAUUCCUUGGUACGGUAACAUAGUUCUCUGUGAAGUAGAAAAGCCAAAGGGACCAAAGGGAAAGAAAGGUUUCAAGAAGGGGCGCCGGCCAGGCCCGUCAUCGAAAACCGAUACACUUGAUAUUAUUGUUGAGCUUUACAGUUGGAACAACAUGCCUCUACCAUUGACGGUGGAUGCUAGCCUCCUUCGGAUUCUUCCAGUGUCCAUUCCUGUGAGUCGUGUGUUCUUGGCCAUGUCCAGAAUCGAAAACCCCAAAUUCAUAGAUAUGAUCUUGGGCAAAAAACCGAUUAAGCAGAUCGUGUUCAAGAACUUCUUGAAGUUCACGAAAGAUACUUUCAACGACUCGCAAAAGGUUGCGAUUCAGUCCGUCUUGAAUAACUCAAUUACUGUUUUGCAAGGUCCCCCUGGUACAGGUAAAACGUCCACCAUUUACGAAAUCAUACUUCAACUUUUGGAAAACCUCAACACUUUCCCGAUUCUCGUGGUUGCUGCUUCAAAUAUUGCCAUUGAUAAUAUUGCUGAAAAGUUGUUACCCAAGCACGAGAAAUCGAUUUUGCGGAUUGUAUCGAAUGAAAAAGAACCAGAAUAUAAUAGAGAGCAUCCUUUAUCAUCAAUUUGCUUGCAUCACAAAGUAUUUGAUGGGUUACCUUUGCAUUUCCAAGAGACCAUUCGCGAGAUGAGACGUCCCGGUUCGUCUAUCAGCCAGAACCAAUACAAAAAACUCUUGACAGCACAGAUUGACUACACCAAUAAGCUAAUUUCGCUGGCCCGAGUUAUUUUCACCACGACGGUUGUUGCUGGCGGAAACCAGUUGAAACCCGUUCAAAAAAUGCCAGUGGUGAUAAUGGACGAAGCCACUCAAUCAUCCGAGCCUACAACAUUGAUUCCGCUUUCAAUGCCUGGAGUCGAAAAGUUCGUUUUUGUGGGAGAUCAAAAACAAUUGAGUAGUUUCAGUCAGGUACCUAACUUAUCCCUUUCCUUAUUUGAGAGAAUCCUUUUGAAUGGCUCUUACAAAACACCUCAUAUGCUUGACACACAGUACCGUAUGCAUCCUGCCAUCAGCGCAUUUCCAAGAAAAAAGUUUUACGGCGGAUUGCUUAAAGACGGCAUCACUGCAGCUGAUAGAACCAAGCCAAAUAUCCCGGCUAAUCCUGUACUCUUUUGGGACACUUGCGGCAAGGCUCGUGAAGGAACGGUUCGGGCUAGAUUUAGAGAGGAUAAUGGCUUAACUUAUGCCAACAGAGGAGAAAUCGAUUAUGUCGAGAAGGUCUUAACGGCAUUGAUUUAUGAAAAAGGCAUCGAGAGAAAGGAUAUUGGUGUAAUCACUCCAUACAGAGGCCAGCGUGAUAUGAUGUCUUCGACCUUAGUGAAGAACGAUAUGAUCAACCCGGAAAAAGUGGAGGUGCAGAUAGAAGUUGAUCGAGACGAUUUCUUCAACGAAUCGAAACCCAUUACCAUUCACAUGGUUUCUGACAUCAUGAUUGCUUCCAUCGACGCAUUCCAAGGCAGAGAAAAAGAUUUCCUUGUCAUGUCUUGUGUGAGGUCCAACGAGCAAAACAAAAUUGGCUUUUUGAAUGAUGCAAGAAGAAUGAACGUGGCAUUAACGAGAGCAAAGUACGGUUUGAUCUUGAUUGGUGACAUGGAGUGUUUGAGUCGGUCCGACCCGUUGUGGAAUGAGUACAUCGAAACUUUGAAAGCCAACAAUUGUAUCUUGACAGGUGACAAUUUCAACUAUUCUUAG